AUGGCCGACAGCUCGGUCCACUCUCGCCCCAUGGCAGCCCAGGGCGCAGAGGAUGGAGAAAUAGACCUAGAGGACGUUGAAAAUACUGACCCAGACUACGCACAGGAUCGCGAGAACGAUAGCGAGUUUGAGGCGACCGAGGAGGAUUUGUUUCAGGGUGGUAUCUACGAACCAUCCGUCCGGAUUCAAGUCCAGGGGAGUGAAGAAGAGAGUGAAGGGCCGGGAGGCGAUGGAGUGCGCCCACGACCCGGUGCACCCGAAGAACGGUACGAGGAGGAUGGAGAUCACUCUGACGCAGAAGAGGAGGGAGAAUCAUCGCCGGGACGACGACGACCUCCCGAUUCUGCGAGCCAUGUCGAGCAGGCUGUGGCCCCCGGAAAUGCGCAGCGGCAGACCGACGUUGCGGAAAAAGGAGAGCAGGAUCCGGCGUUCAACAAUCCCGCUUCGACUGAUAGAGGCCGGGACGAGAAGGCACUAUUAGGGUGCAGCAUUCGAAAGAUUCGACUUGGGAACCUCUUUGUCCGCAUGACGCGGAGCACAUCACACCUCGACGACUAUCUGGACGUUUUCGUACUCGUCGUUGUUUCCAGGAAGUCGAAGACCAACCCCAACAACAAGCUGAAUCAUCAGUUUCUUGCAAGGCAUAGGGACUGGCGGCUCUGCGGAAUGGGCCAUGUGUUCCUGUGGCUUUAUUUCAUCUACGACCUCGUUCCUCUGCGCUACGGCCCCGGUAUCGUCGAGCCUCUCGACUUUUCUGAACCGAUCUUGUGGACGAAAGCGCACCUCUUCUUUUCUUUGAAGAAGGGCGACCAGGGAGAGCAGAAGCAAGACGAGAUGCACUACAAAACGCAUAACACCUGGAUUAAGUGGGCCAUGACGAAGGCGAGAUGGAUUCUGAGCAAGGUAACACAUGCAUUCCGCAGAUCCGGAGCGCAACAACUCCAUGACGACGGUUGCUCCGACAACGAUAUCGGCACUCUGGGCGGAUGGGCGCAGGGGGAGUUGCGGAGGUGUUAUGUGUUCGGCAUACCGUUCAAGCCGGUUUGGCUGCUGGCAGGAUUCAGCGGGGAUCGUGGAGACUACUACAUCGGCAGAGCCCGCGCCAAGCUUCCGCGGCAUAAGGUUAAGGAGAAGGAUGAGUGGUUGCAGCUCUUGGAUCUCUUGAGGCUUCACAUUUUCCCCUGGGUCGAAGAGGGUUGGAAGAAGGUCGAAGAAUGGAACGCUGCGCAGACCGAUCCGCUGAAGAGGCACUAUGCGGGGGCGAGGUUCCUAGACACCCUCGCCAGCAUCGGACGCCUCGUUGUUGCACAGGAUCUGGCUAUGAUGUGGGCGUUCUGCCAUCAGCACGGCGUGAGAAACCCGCGGUGCAAUUGCGAGAGGCAUCCAUAUGUGCAGAUGAGCCCCUUGUGCAACCACCCGCUGUUCCAAAAGUGGGCGUACCUGGUCGCUAUUUCUCACUUCCAGGGCGAGAAGCUUCGGGCAACCGGCCAAACCACCGCCAAAGCAGACGCUAUCUUUCGCACGACCGCAGAAGAGAAGCUGCAUAAGAUGCACCUCACCGCCAAUAUGCUCAGGGAGGAGCUUGGGAUUUUGAGAGGACGUGAAAUGCAGUUGGCGAUGGAGAACGCUGAACUGAGGGAGAAACUCGCCGCUGAGCGAGAGGACAAGGCUCGGGUCAUUGCAGAGUUCGAAGCAUACAAGAGGUCUGUUGCGGCCAGGGAUGACGCGGCAAACACCUCUGCAGAGAUCGACGGAUCGUCGAAGAGCGCGGGAACAGGAGGAAACCAGGCAACGGACGCAUCCAAAGCACCAGUUGCCGUCCAAGAAUUCUUCGUCGUGGUCGUUGUGUCUUGGCGCGAAGCCACCACUGUUGCUGCUGCCUGGAAAGUGUGGGUGCAGCCAAGCCUCAUCAUGGGCGGCCGGUCACUGCGCGAAGUCUUUGCAGAGUUCGACCGGUAUAAGAAGAAGGACAAGAAUUCCAGCUUCAUCACCGCAUAUUCCCGGUUCGCUGUCAAAGGUACGCCCGGGAUGGCUGUGGGUGCAUGCGAGCGAAAGAUGCGUCGCGUGCAUCGUGUCAUGGUUUCCGUGGAGACGCUAAGAAAAGACAGCUUCGAGGCGGCGACCGCAACGGCCAUUAAGCUGCUGGACGAGGUUUUACUCGUGUGCAACUUCACGGAAUUCACCAACGGCCUGGCUGUGCUGCAUGAGACUCCAACCAUCAAGAAACAGAAGACCGGUUCGUCGACGGAAAAGAGGACCGUCAACGACCUGGCGCAACGCAGAGUGGGCUGGCUGUUAGUCAAGAAGGGCCUUCGCGACCAGGAGUGGGCAACUUCGCUGUUUGGUGAUGAUGAGUGGGAGGAGAUCCACAAGGAACACAUGGCGCAGAAGAAGGCGGAAGAGGAGAAACAACGAACCGCUGCGGCGAAGAAGGCGGAACGGGAAAAGGCGACGGGCGAAGCGUCGAAACGCAAGGAGCAGAAAUGA